CAUAAGGAAGAAAUGAUGAAGAAAGAGAACUGAAUGGAGAUUUCAAAGGGCAGUUUGAGAAGAAAAAGUAAAGCAUUAUAAUGACAUGUACAAAGAGCUAGAAUAGAAAACCAAAAGGGAAGAACACUCUCGGGGUUUCUCAAGCUGAAAGAGCUGAAGAAAAAAUUCAAGCCUCGAGUUGCAAAAGUGAAGGGUUCUCCGGAGAAAAUAUUAAACAAUGCAGGAACCAUCAAAAGAAGAUGGAAGGAAAACACAGAGUAGUUAUACCAAAAAGAAUUAGUCAACAUUCAACCAUUUCAAGAGGUAGCAUAUGAUCAGGAACCAAUGGUACUGAGGCAAGAAGUCCAAGCUGCCUUGAAGGCAUUGGCUAAAAACAAAGCUCCAGGAAUUGACGGAAUAUCAAUUGAGAUGUUUCAACAUAUGGUUGCUGUACUCGAAGUGCUCACUUGUCUAAGCCAAAAAAUUUGGAAGACAGUUAUCUGGCCAACUGACUGGAAGAGAUUCAUAUUUAUGCCUAUUCCCAAGAAAGGUGAUCCAACAGAAUCAGAAGAAUCAAAAAAUACUACAAUUAUGGAGUUUGUUCUCGUGGGAUUUUCUGAUGAACCCAAUUUACAGUGGAUACUCUUUGGGACAUUUUUCAUCAUGUAUCUGUUUAUUUUGCUGGGCAAUAGCAUCAUAAUACUGAUAACAAGAAUUGACCCUACUCUCCAGAACCCCAUGUAUUUUUUCCUGGGCAAUUUUUCCUUCUUGGAAAUAUGUUAUGUAACAGUCACUAUCCCAAGAAUGCUCACGGACAUUUGGACCCGGAAAGGAAAUAUUUCCUUUUUGGGCUGUGCUAUGCAAAUGUGUUUUUUUCUUAUAUUUGGAGGCACAGAGUGUUUGCUCCUGACAGUGAUGGCCUAUGACCGCUAUGUGGCCAUUUGUAAUCCUCUGCAUUAUCCUGUAGCCAUGAACCACAGGGUCUGUAUCCAGUUAGUGGCUGGCUCCUGGAUCAGUGGAAUUCCAGUUGAAAUUGGGCAAACGUGCCAGAUUUUCUCUCUGUCCUUUUGUGGGUCUAACACAAUUAAUCAUUUCUUUUGUGACAUCCCCCCAGUAAUCAAGCUUGCAUGCGGGGACAUAUUAGUGAAUCAGAUGGCGGUCUAUAUAUUAGCUAUGAUGUUUUUGAUGUUACCAUUUCUGUGGAUCGUUGUUUCCUAUGGCAAAAUUAUCUCCAAUAUUCUGAAAUUGUCCUCAGCCAAAGGAAGGGCCAAAGCCUUCUCCACCUGUUCUUCUCACCUGACAGUAGUAAUCUUAUUCUAUGGAACAGCUGCUAUCAAUUAUUUACUGCCCAAAUCAAAUCAAUCUGAAGGACUGGGGAAACUGGUCUGUCUUUUCUAUACCAUUUUGACACCAAUGAUGAAUCCUGUUAUAUAUAGUCUGAGGAAUAAAGAUGUCAUGGUGGCAUUGAAGAGGCUGCUACCUAAUUAUUAACAUGAUGCAGUGACUUGAAAUUACAGAAACUAUAUGCUUAUGUUUUUGCCAUGUAGAUACAAUGGGAAAAUCUUCUAGUUUUCUUUCUACAUUCUUAGAGAUAAUUUUACAGUGUGCCAACAGUCUCACAUUAUGUCAAGGUACUUUCGUUUCAUAGAAUUAACUACUUCUGUGUAAUCAAACCACAAAUUAACUUAAGUGCAAAAAUAAAAUCUUGAAGAUCAAUCUUUUCUCUGACUUAACAAGUGAGGUAAGAGAUUUUCUGAAUAACACAGUGAAAGACAAUUGAGUGUGUUGUAUAAUUCUGAAUUAGGGCCAUAAUCUGUGAUAAUUUUCUCUUAUAUUUCCCAUUUCUCCAGAUGUAUUUUCUGCCUUUCUCUGCCCGUCUUGUUGGAUUUAGCCAGUGAGAAACACCAGCAGUAGUUGAGAUGGUGGAAGCUGGGGAGAACUUGGCUUUUCUGCACAGUUUUUUCUCUGCUCCUAUACCUUGUCUCUGCCCACGUCUCUGAAAGCUACAUGUGCUUCAGAGUGUACCCACAUCUA